AAAAAAUAAAUUAAAAAAAAAUAAAUAAAUAAAUAAAGUAAAAGAAAAAACCAGAGACGCGAGACGAGUCAAAAGAUCAACCCAAACGCGGAACUCCAAAACUCAUUCCUCUGAUCGUCUCCCAACGCCAGCGUCUUCAAAAAUUCCCUUCUAUUCCAGACUCCUCUAAUGUCAGACGUAGAGAUAGCCUCGGCAAUUUCCCUUCCCCUCAGGUUUCUUUAAUGUCAGACGCACAGAUAUCCUUCUGCCUCUAACUCUCUCUCUCUCUCCCUCUCUCUCUCUCUCUAAUGGCGUCUGAGAUCGAGAUUGUUGAAGACGUAGGAUCGACUGCGACCUCGGGCGGAGGAGUGAUUUCCGAAGCGCAGGGCGACGAGAUACUUCGCAAUGACGUAUACACGGCAGCGGCGUACGGCGAUCUGGAGAAGCUGCAGAGAUUGGUGGAGAGCGAGGGGUGCUCCGUCUCGGAACCCGAUAAUCUCGGAUACUAUGCGCUGCAGUGGGCCGCGCUGAACAAUCGGACGGCAGCUGCGCAGUAUAUAAUCGAGCAUGGCGGAGAUGUAAAUGCAGCUGAUCACACUGGCCAGACAGCACUCCAUUGGAGUUCAGUGCGGGGUGCAAUCCAAGUCGCUGAGCUAUUACUCCAGGAGGGUGCUCGGGUGAAUGCUGCAGAUUUGUAUGGGUAUCAGACGACUCAUGUUGCAGCACAGUAUGGUCAGACAGCUUUUCUUUAUCAUGUUGUCACAAGAUGGAAUGCUGAUCCAGAUGUGCCUGAUAAUGAUGGAAGAACCCCUCUCCAUUGGGCUGCUUAUAAAGGCUUCGCCGAUUGUAUUCGCCUUCUAUUAUUCCUGGAUGCUUAUAGGGGGCGACAAGAUAAAGAAGGUUGUACCCCUCUUCAUUGGGCUGCUAUAAGGGGAAACCUUGAGGCAUGUACAGUGCUAGUUCAAGCAGGGAAGAAAGAGGAUUUGAUGGUGACAGACAACACAGGCUUUACUCCAGCACAACUGGCAUCUGACAAGAAUCAUCGGCAAGUCGCUUUUUUCCUUGGAAAUGCUAGAAGGUUGUUAGAGAAACGCUGGGAUGGGAACAGCCGACUUGGAAAAAUUGCAAAAUUAGGGCUUGCACCUGUACUUUGGUGUAUGAUUAUAGUGCUACUUGCCAUCUAUAUUCAUUCUGUCAUCACAGCAUCACAUCUGUUGAAAAUAACAGCUGGAUUCGGUUUUUUCGCAUGGUCGGGUGUUUUCCUUGCCACUGCCGGACUAGUCAUGUUUUAUAGAUGUAGCAGGAAGGAUCCUGGUUACAUAAAAGUGAAUCUACAUGAUUCACAAAAUCUGAAAGACGACGAACCUUUAUUAAAGACAGAGCUGAAUAAUCCUGCACUGUUAGCUGGGAAUUGGUCUCAGUUGUGUGCAACAUGCAAGAUUGUCAGGCCUUUACGUGCGAAGCACUGUUCCACCUGUAAUCGUUGUGUGGAGCAGUUUGAUCAUCACUGCCCUUGGGUAUCGAAUUGUAUUGGCAAGAGAAACAAAUGGGAUUUCUUUAUGUUUCUUAUUCUAGAAAUGUCUGCAAUGCUGGUCACUGGUGCUGUAACUUCUAUACGAAUCUUGACAGAUCCAAGUUCUCCGUCUUCUUUCGGAGCAUGGUUGAACUUUGCUGGCACGCAUCACACCAGCGCUAUAUCAUUUCUGGUCAUGGAUCUUUUCCUUUUCUUCGGCGUUGCAGUCUUAACUGUUGUACAAGCUUCACAGAUCUCUCGCAAUAUUACGACGAAUGAAAUGGCAAAUGCAAUGCGCUAUAGUUAUCUCAGAGGACCAGGCGGAGGCUUUAGAAAUCCAUAUGAUCAUGGUGUUCGGAAAAACUGUUUGGAUUUCUUGAUAAAUGGUUAUAAUGAAGACAUCGAGUACAUGGAACAACCAGUCCAUUCUGAAGGUAUCGGGAUGGUUCCAAUUACCAGAAAUACUAAUUUGCAGAAUGGGGAGAACCAAUGUCAUCAUGCCAAUGGCAACGGCCACGUCUGCAUUGAUGUGGAAUCGGGAAACACGAGCCAUCAUGGGCUUGUACAUUCCUCCCAUAACCAUGGAAAGAGCGAUGGGGUCCCUUUGGGCUUGGGUCUUGGGCUUGGACGGAACAAUGCUCAUCAUCAUCAUCACUCGCAUUCUCUUGUAGCUUCGUGAUUCAUCACCAUACCAAGGGAGGAGAAUGUUGUCUUUGUAGCUAAAGCAUGACAUGGUUGUGCUUCAAUACCUCCAUUCAUUUCAGUUUUGUGCAGUUAUCUUUCUGUAUUUUGAGUUCUAUCAUUCUAGUGAAAAUGAUUGAGUCUUGGACAUCACUAGUGAAAUUUCACUAUUGGUGAACCUGCUCAUGGCAUCGGAUGGUGAAAAGAAGAGGGUCCCAAGUGAGGCAACUGUCUUGAUAAGUCUUAAUGGGAUUCCUUAUUGAGGAAUCACCGGUUCCUGCACAUCAGCAGAUGCACAAUUUCUCUCCAUACAGAGCUGUCAAUGUGAUAAUCCCUGCCAUCGAUGGACAUGCUUUGAAUAGCUUCCAGAUUGGUAGAUUACAACCUUGAGCUAAAGGAGCAAAUACAGUAAUGGUUCAGAUUCGGAGAGAAAAUGUUCAUUGGUCAAAGGGGGUCGAAAGCUUCUGAUAAUGGGCAGUUUUAGAAUCUCCAUCGAGAAUCCCUGCUAUAGUUGGGGAUGCUUCAAAUAGCUUGCAGAUUGGUAGGAUACAACAUUGAACUAAGGAACAAAUACCGUAAUGGUUUGGAUUCAGAGAGAAUGUUGAAUGCUCAAGUAUGCUUCCGGUAAUGCCAAGGGAGUUUUCUCCAAAGCAAGAUCCUUGGUUAUUGAUUGGGCUGCUGCUAUUGCUAAUCUUCGUGAUUGUCAUGUCUGCUCCUAAGUAUGUCUCGCUGUAAUUUUUCGUGCUUUCUGUUAUAUACUUUAGUGAAAAAAAAAAAAAAAAAAAAAACAA